GAAAAGUGUUGUAUAAUUUUUGAAUUACAUAAUUCCCAUCCUCUAAAUUUAUGUUUGGGUUUGAAUUGCAUGUUGACUCAUCGGUACAACUAUGUUAACCCAUUAUUAUCUAUUAGUUUGAUAGAUCAUUUUAAGUUUAACUCGUCGGAUCCGGUCAAUAAACGAGUCAUAACCCAACCCCUUUAAUAUUAAACGAGUUAAGUAAAUUACUAAUAGGUUACUUUGCCAUUUCUAAUUACUAACUAGUUAGUACAAACUUGUGUUCUUUUUUAUCAAGUGAAAUUGGUUCUCACUAAUAAAAGUUUCUCAUUGAUCCAUGGCUUCUUGGAUGUUUCAACCUGUUGCUGGUACAGGAUUGAGAAUUUGGAGCUACAAAUCAAGAAAAGCACAUUGGAAUUGCAGAUUUUGGAUGCCACUAUAAGGGAUUACGAACCUGGAGUAGACCAAGAGCCUUCUCUUCAUCAACUUUAUUGGUGUGAGAGAAACUUGCAACAAUCUCUGCAAAAAGUCAUGGCUAGAAAAAUGGAAUUGGAGAAACAAGGCAAGCUGGACACUAUACCAUUUCACUUUGCUGCACAAGAAACAGAUCCACAGCAGCUUGAUACUUGGAUUAAUCCAUACAGUGCAAGUAUUCAAAGGAACAUAUUUCAAUUUCAAGAUUUGACUGACAGAGGAAAGAGAGUGGCAGAAAAUUCAAGCAAUUACGCAUAUAACGUUCCCUUUGCAAGUUCUUCACAGUGCGGAAAUAUAUCAUUUCCACAAAUUCAAAACUCAUCGCCUUAUAUCUCAACACAGAGCGAGCAACAAAACAUGGUAGUAGAUGUGCAACAGAAUCCUGCACAAGCAUUUGGUCAAUCAGAGGCACAAGUGACUUUUGGUGAAAGUAGUAGCAGCUCUAUCAUGAACUUUUGGAACAAUCUUUGCAAUUCUACAAGGCCUAUUCCCGGUCUACCCUCCACUAUGGGUACACAAUUAAAUAACUCCUCUCAAUUAGAGUUGGAUUAUGCCCCUCCAAAUUGGAGCACACUACCAUAUCCAAGCAAUAUCAACUUCUCAAGUCAUAACAACAAUCACAUCAUUCAAAAUAAUGAUCAUUAUUCUUCAGUUCAGAGUGAUGCAAGAGGUCCAAAUGGAUGUAACUAUGCUUUGGAGGCGAAUAUCAUGGACAACAAUCAUUAUUUUGUUGAAAGGACACAAGAGAAUGAUUCAUGGGAAUGGAAUGACAGUGUCCUCAACGAUACUUUCAGUGUGGAAAAUUUCAGUAAUUUGGAUUGAUCAACCAAUGACAGAUAAUCUUUGGACUCUCCCAUCAUCUUUGAUACAUUUAAGGCUGUGUUUCAAGGGAAAGACAGAGAAACAUAGCAGACUUAUGAUAUUUUUAGCAUACCUUUUUUUUUUUUAGUUACAAGAGAAAUGUAGUGUGGCCUAUAUAUGUUAAAGUGAAUA